AUGGAUGGCAUGGGUUACGUCUUAGAUCUUGCAUCCCCCCUUCCUCGUGGCAUAGACAAGAACGAUUAUUUCCUUCCAGCGGUGAAGGAAACAACUGCGGUUCUCAAAGAGGUCACUCGGGUGUCCAGCAUAAAGAAAAUUGUGGUCACAUCAUCUAUUGGGGCGUUAUUUCCACUCGGUGGCCUACCUGAUGGCGACAUAAUCCGAGAGGAUAACGACUGGGACUUUAGCGUCAAUCAAAGCGCUAAUUUUGUUGACCGUAAUUAUCCCAUUGCAGCACCCAUGAGACUCUACACAGCUUCCAAAUUACUUGUCAACGAGGCGCCUUGGGAAUUCAGAGAUACAGCCAAGCCACAUUAUUCUUUAGUAUCCAUCCACCCCUCAUACGUGUAUGGACACAACCUAGUGCAGGAAUCUGCUGAAGAGGUCAAGCGUUCGUCCAAUGGCGGCCUUUGGAGCACCAUUAUGAACGGUGUACCGGCUCGAUCCAUCACAGGUGUGCACAUCCAGGACGUGGCCGAGGUCCAUAUCAAAGCCUUGGACCCUAAUGUUCUCGAUGGUACAAGAUACCUCAAUUCGGGAAAGAAAGCAACAUGGAAAGAAGUGGGUGAAGUUGUACAAAGGGAGUAUUCAACUGUCGGGGCCAAGAUUGCAAUAGAAAUCGAUGGUGUCUCCUAG